GUCUCUAGUUUCGUCGCCAAGUACUGUACCUACGUACCUGAGCUUGCAGCUAUCGGUAGGUACAUACGCACGUGCGCUGUGUCACUCGCUCGCUUGGCGUGUUGUCCUGUGGUGUGGUGUGCUGCGCGUCUUGUCAGGCGCGGUGGGCGUGUGCUUGUGCUUUACGGUACCGUCAGGUCAGGCGGGGCGCGAUGAGGGUAUUUAUCGAAGAGGUAAGUAUGCUGGGAGGACGUCGUGGUGCGAGCUAAGUCAUUUUGGUUUCUUUUUGAGCUGUGAAGUGUCCGUUUGCUGCUGCUUUCUUUCUUUCUUUUGCAGUCAGAGCUAGAGGAAGAAAGAAAGAAAGAAAGAAAGAAAGAAAGAGUGUCUGCCUCGGCGAGAAAGCAAGCAAGCAAGAAAGAAAGAUGUGCUGGUUCUCCCUCCCCGGCACGUCGAAGAAGAAGAAGAAGAAGAACAAGACCCAUCACCACCACCCCCGCUCCGCCUCCACAACAUCCAGCAGCAGAACCCCGCUCCUAGGCCCGCGCCCCGCGCCCCACGCCUCCUCCUCCUCCUCCUCCUCCUCCUCUCGCACCCGCCGCAACCGCACCAACCGCACCAACCGCACCAACCGCACCCGCGUCGCCGUCCCAGCCUCUGCCCGCGGCAGCCACAGCCAGAACCACAACCACAACAACGCCCUCCACGGUGCAGGCCGCAAGCGCGCGCCCCCGCCCCCGCAUCCCGAGCGCCACGUCUGCGCCGCGUGUCCUUUCCCCCACCACUAUAGCAACAGCCAGAGCUACAACCCCUACCCCAACCCCAACUCCAGCUCCAACUACGGCAACGCCUGCGCCUCCGCCUCCCCCCGCCAGCACAACGCGCCCAACUCGUCGCGCCGCCGCGCCGCCGCCCCCGCUCCAGCCCCUCAAGCGCCACCAACAACGACAUUCGCAGCCCGCGCGGCCGCAACCACCGACGCUGCGCGCUGGGCGCAGUUACGGGCGGAUGCGUUCGCGGCCGCCGACGUCGUUGCUAGGCCUGGUGCGCCUGCGCCGGGGAGGGGGAGGAGGGUCAGGUGGGCGGAUGAGCGUGGUGGAGGAAGUUAUGGGGGAUUGGAGGCGUGGGGGUGGGGUUAGGCUGGGGUAGGGAGUAGAAUAGAGGGAGGGUAGGGGAUAGAGAUGUGGUGGUUUGUGUGGAUGUAGCGGAUAUACCCAUCUACGCACACAGCGAGAGAGCACUGCGACCUCUACUGCUCAAACCCAGACGCAGUGAAAAGAAAACCCCUUCUUUACCAACCAAACACGACCCAUAAACACCACGCCACACCACGCCACACUACAGACUCGACACCGGCGACAGCGGCACCUCCUCCCCCUCC